AUGGAGCAAACCUGGAAAUCUGUUCCUACGAAAAGGCAAAAGAAAGAGGUGGAACAAAUCCGUAAACUCUUCAUUGGUGGCUUGAGCUUUCAAACCACAGAAGAAAGUCUGAGGAAGUACUACCAGCAGUGGGGAGAACUCACAGACUGUGUGGUCCUGAGGGACUUUGCCAGUCAAAGAUCAAGAGGAUGUGGUUUUGUCACCUUUUCAUCCAUGACUGAGGUGGAUGCUGCCAUGGCAGCCAGACCCCAUUCCAUUGACGGCAGAGUGCUUGAACCCAGACGUGCGGUCCCAAGAGAGGCAUCUGGACAGCGGGGGGCCCACUGGACCGUGAAGAAGCUGUUCGUUGGUGGAAUUAAGGAAGAUACUGAGGAGCAUCAUCUUAGAGAGUACUUUGAGAAAUAUGGAAAAAUCGAUGCCCUUGAGAUCAUUACUGAUAGGCAGUCAGGCAAGAAAAGAGGCUUUGGAUUUGUGACUUUUGAUGACUAUGAUCCCGUGGAUAAGAUAGUGUUGCAGAAAUACCAUGCCAUCAAUGGUCAUCAUGCAGAAGUCAGGAAAGCUUUGUCAAUAUGGGAAAUGCAGCAAGUCAACGGUUCUAGAAGUAGAAAAGGAGACCCUUUUGAUUUUAGUGAUUCUUCUAGUGGGGGUGGAAAUUUUAGACGAGGACCAGGAACUAAAUUUAGAAGAGAAGCUGAUGGAUAUGGAAAUGGUCCUGGAUCUAGGGGUGGCUAUCAUGGGUAUGGAGGAGGACCGGGAGGUGGCAAUUUUGUAGGUUACCCUUGUUAUGGAGGAGGAGGUGGAGAAUACAGUGGUCAAGGUCCUGGGUAUGGCAACCAGUGGGAGUUCUCUGGAGGUGGUCAUGGCAAUAAUUUUAGAAAUUAUGACCAGCAACCUCCUAACUAUGGUCCAAUGAGAAAUGGAAGCUUUGGAGUUGGCAGGAACAAGGUCGCCCCAUACGGUGGAGGAAAUGAUGGCCCAGGAGGCAGUGGAAAAUGUGGGGGUUAUGGAGGGAGAAGUGGAUAUUGA